CAACUAACACACCCAACAUUCAGUUAAAAGCAUCCACCAAGUGACGUUGUCACCGCAAAUUUCUCGUGUCUCACAAUUUCACAAGCAAAAGUAAAUAUGUCCGAGGCUUUCUUCGACGAGUACGACUACUACAACUUUGACUACGACAAGCACAUCUUCUCGGGACACAGCGGCAAGCAGCGCACGAAGAAGGAGGUGAGCGAGCACACCAAUCACUUCGACCCGUCCGGCCAUUCCAGAAAGAUCGUUACAAAGCUAGUCAACACAGAGAACAACAAGAAAGGGAAUAAGCAUUAAAUGAGCGGAUAGAAUACUGCGACAUGGCGAGCAAAAGGACCGUUGAUAUGCCUAACGAAAGGAGGUUGUUAUGGCGCAUCCCUGAGGAGAGCUCGGGACGCGAAUCAUCUCAGAGAUCAUUGGAACACCCGAGGCGGUUUCUGUUGACGCAGAGCUUCUACCAGGCCCACCACAUCUACAAGACAAGGAGCAGAGCGAGGCCCCGGCCGCGUUGAAGUUUCUCUCUCACUGUGAAAGGCCAGUGAAUCUAUUUUGGACCUAACACCGUUCCGUGAACUGAUCUCAUCUCAUCUGAGCUUGUUGUAGAGCUCAUAAUUGCUGUGUUACUAAUUCCUAAUUAGAUUAUUAUGAGUUUAUUUUGUAUCUUUCCUGAGGUACUAGACGACUGUAAUAAUUAAUU